CUGAACAGAUAUUCUACUCAAAUAUAUUUUGUUCACUGAAUAUUUCAAAGAUGGCCAAACCAGAGAGAACAGGAACAGGAACAUCCUCCCCAUCCCAUGCAAAAGAAAACAAUGAAACGGACGGUGCCGAGACACGGCAGAGCAAUCCUCAAAGCGGCACGAACGAAAAUGAAAAUGCAAAAAACGAUGUGGAUCCAAAUCUGAGCAAACACGCAACKGGAAACAAUGAGGUUCUCCAAAAUCCGCUACUGCUUCCGCUGACCCCCGACUCUGUCUAUGAGUUUUACGUCCACGAAUUAUUUCCGGCCGUUGUCUCCUCCCUUCCGAUUCUCUUUUACCGCAUCUGGAACGAUGCGCUGUCCUGGGCUUGGCUGGCGGGCCAUAAGCUCUACGUGUUUGUCCAGCCGACUUGGAUGACCAAUGGUGGAACCAUUGAGGCCAACAAUGAAACYACCGCAAAUAUCCUUAUGCACCUCCACCUGGCCGAAAAGGACCUAGGCGGCAUGAUCCAAAACAUUUGGGAGCAGGCCGUACAGUCCUCGAAGCAGCAUGUCAACGCGACCUUUUUUUUCGAAUUGCUCCGGGARCACAGCCUCCACUCAAACUCGACCACCGGUCCCYUUGAGCUGCUGGCCAGGCUGCCGGCGACAGCCAACAUUAUCAUCCAGCAGGAAGCCGCCGCGGUCGAAAAAUCCUUCUGGACCUGGUUUUCCCGGGAGUGGCCCCUCAUGGACUGGAAGAUCGGGGUUUUYCUGUGGCAGACCUUUGGCGGGGUCCUCCUAGUGGUGGCACUCCUGUCGAUCAUGCCGGGUAGACUGCACACCUGGUCGGGGAAACUCCUUCGGUGGCCGAUCCUGGGCCUCACGUACCUCCUGAUCAACGUAGAGCUAGUGGUGUACGUCUGUAUCCGCCUCGGCAUUCGCCUCAUCGAGGCGAUCGUGGCAACCCCCAAACACCGGGCCCUCCGCGCCAAGAUGGCGAACGAGUCUUCGACCUACGAGGAGUGGUACGGGUACGCGUCCGAGCUCGACGCCUCGCAAAAGCGGACCCUCUGGCAAUCGACCACGACGGACGAGACRAGCUACCAGUACAACUGGCCCCUCAUCCAACAGCUCAUCGCGGACAUGAGAGYGGCUCGCUGCGACAAGAAGGACCCUAUACUUGCACUGGCGGUCCUCCAGCAGUGCACCCGCAAGAACGUCGGCGGCAUCAUGAACGAGGACCUCUUUACGAAAACCUACACGGGGGAACCCAAGUUCAUCGUCAUGGAGUUCAUCGGGGAGGUGACCAAAACACUGUACUGGGUGACGGAGCAAACGCUGACGCUGGAAGAGCGAGAGGAGCUGCGGAACAAAACAGCGGGGAGAUCGUCGACGUCGAGGGGCGGGCCGAAAACAUACGAGCAAAACCUCCAGCAGAAAUCCAAGGCGGAACACCACAAGCUCUGGAGGAACCUUGUGGCCUUUGCCACGCUGGAUUUUAGCACUCGAACGAUGUCACAAAACRACGAACAGGAAAAGGAACCCUUGCCAAGCGAAUCGGAAGCGAACGACCCCGGUUCUCCGAAAUCGACCGGCUCUGGUCCCCAGCAGCCCCCGGUCAACCGGGCCCAGCUCCUCAAGUUCCUCAAGCGGGCCAAGCACGCCUACGGGAAAACGGCUCUCUGCCUGUCGGGAGGGUCCAUGAUGGGCCUGUACCACCUAGGCCAUCUCAAGGGACUCAUGGAGACGGACUGCCUCCCCGAGAUUGUCAGCGGGUGCAGCGCGGGGAGUGCCAUCGGAGCCGUCCUGUGCACCCGGACCAACGACGAGCUCCACAGAGACCUCGACCCGACGAUUAUCGGGCCCCGUCUCAAGUGCUUCGACCGGACCUGGUCGGAGUGCCUCCGGUCGGUGUGGAAGACGGGAAAUCUCUUUGACGGGGACGAMUGGCUAGAGAUGAUCAAGUGGUAGGUCGCUAUAUGAGAUGGUUGUGUAGCAUCCGUUUGCCUGUAAGCAGAUUUGUUUCUUKGAUGCCGUGMAUGGCAUUCUAACUCUUUGGGUGCUGUACACAUUUUUAUAUUCUUCGAUGAUUGCUCGCUUUGGUUCUUGCUUUUGUUUUUGUUUUUUCCUUGGUUUGGCACKUUUCCAAACACUUUCCAUGGCACCUUCUCCCCCAUCCACCCAACCCAAACAACAGGUUCACGCUCGGCGACACUACUUUCGAGGAAGCCUACCAAAAGACGGGCCGGGUCUUGUGCAUCGCGCUGGCGGCCACCGCCAAGAAGACCCCGCCGAUCCUCCUGACCUAUAUCAGCUCCCCGAACGUGACCAUCGCCAGCGCUGUGGUAGCGAGCGCCGCGGUCCCCGGCUUUGUGAGCCCCCGGCGGCUCCAGAUCAAGGACCCGGUGGACGGGACCAUCCGGAGCGCGGGCCCCGAGACCUACUUCGACGGGUCGAUCAAGCACGACAUUCCCACKGCGGGCUUGUCGGAGAUGCUGAACUGCCACUUCUUUGUGGCCUGCCAGUGCAAUCCCCAUAUCGUGCCGUUCUUUUUCAAUGCCAAGGGCGGCGUCGGCCGGCCCACCCGCUGGUCGGGGGGAGAGAAGGAAACGAGCUGGAGGGGGGGCUUCCUGCUGGCGGCCCUGGAAAUGUACAUCAAGAACGACAUGCGGGCCAAGUUUGUCUUUCUGAGGGACCUGGACGCGGCCGUGAGCUUCACGGGGACCAUGAUGACGCAGUCCUUCGAGGGGACCACCACGAUUGUCCCGCAGGUGGAGCUCCGCGACUUUUUCACGCUCUUCCGCGACCCCAGCGUGCACCGGCUGUACCACUACCUGAAGGUGGGCUCGGUGGCGGCCUACCAGCACGCCGCGAUGAUCCGGUGCCACUACCGCAUCGCCGACGCCCUGGAGGAAUGCAUCGAGCGCCUCGAGGCCGGGGUCGGGAAGGGGCCGCGGCAGCAGCAUCAGCAUCAUCAUCACGACCACGCGGCCCGGAGAGAGGCCUUUGGCCAGUACGAGUCGCCUUUGAAACRGAGGGCCAGCCGGAGGGCCUGCUUCGAGACCGGAAGCAUGCGGUUCGAACCGGGCCGGUGCGAUCUUCACACAGAGAGCCAGAGCCACAGCCACCGCAGCCAGCGGAGCGUCCCGGAAAUCGUUUCGCAGAGGACCGACAGCGACGACAGCGUGUCCACGGCCUCCGAGACCGGRACCCUCCCUCCCGGCGGGGGAAUGGUGCACCUUGCCCGGUAAGGCAAGGCAGCGCAGUGCAGCGGUGCGGAGCGGAGCGAAGCGCGGGACCGGAGGCUGCCUCCGUUUCGUGGUCGCGUCGUGUGUGUGUGUGUCUGUGUGUGUGUGUGUGUGAAACGCGCAGGCACCGGCGUUUCUUGCMCCGGCACGGCAGAUCGAGACCGCAACGAACUAUAAGAAAGCAGGGCAUAUCGCAGUAGCAGUAGCAGUACGUACUCUGCACAGCAAUCCAGCGGAGUUCGAGGCCACUCGACCCAAUGCCGUAGAACCAUAGUACACAGAACUACGAAACGAGAGGCACGAUGCUACUGCGCUGCACUUGUAGGCACAGCAGCAGCAUCCCAAACGCACGCUUUUCCAAAGAGAGGCAUGUCGCAAUACCGAACACUGCGCACAGGAACUAGGACUACAACUAUUAGGACUGCCACUACUAGGACUACAACCACUAGGACUACAACUAGGAUUUGGAUGUCACUUGCGUACGGUAGGGUAUGAUGUUUGCGACGUCCAAUGUAUGUACAGAUGUAGGGUACGUACCAGUACGUACAUAAUAGUAUGACAUAUGAAUCAGCUAAACGGAACUCGGAUGGAAGAUCGAAUCAUAUCAUACAGUACCAUACAUAUGUUCAUUAGAUACGAGUGCGCCAGUGGCCAGUCGUACACCGAAACCGGAGGUUGUCUGUCUGUCUGUCUUUCAACGGCGGAGGAACGACCAAUCCUCGGCACGCGUUUUCAAAACGCGAAACAAAACCAGCCCAUAUCGAACCGAACCGAACCGAAACGCAACGCAACGCAAUGCUACAGGACGGGUUGUGUUGUUGGUUCUUCCACACCGGUGAUUGCGAUUCCUAGUUGCGUUGAGUUGCGCUGCGAUACGAUACGAUACGACACAGUUUCCAUUGGCCCAGCAUGAACGACAACGGAUCCGAUGCCGCCGAAGCGUCUUCGGUAGGGGUAGGAAGAGGAGGAGAUGCGACGACAGCGACGACAACGACAACGACCGAAACGACGACAACGACGAUCCGCGGGACCGUUGUUCGCAAGCGCAAGUACCGCAACCACGUGAGCCUGGCGAUCCGGACGGAGGAGCAGGGAGAGAAGGCUUCCCUCGCACUGGUCAUGGUGGAUCGCAGCCCGGAGCACGAGGCCUCCGCUUUUGCGCUGGAGGGAUGCUUCGUGGGGAGCCUCGUCGAGGCAGAGGUGGAGGACGAAGACAAGGACGAGGACAAAGACAAAGACGAACCACGGGAGGAAUGCAGCAAAGACAGCAGCGACAACAACAACAACAACAACAACAACGACAACAACGCCCGGCACAACCACCGAUCCGCUCGGUCCCUGGCACUCCUGCGGUCCUCCCCCGAUCCCAACGCGAUCCAGGUUUGCCUGGGGCUCGUCGCGGACCGCAAGCUCCCCCCGGGGGUCUUUUCGUGGGGCGGGGGGACCGGAGGCGAACGCAACCACGAACACAAACACGAAGACAACCACGAACCCAACGGGAGGCUUCCUCUUCCCAGCCUGCUCGGGGACGCCACCACCGCGAAAGCCGCUCUGGCCCCGGGCCCCAGGGACAAGGCCCUGCGGGCCCUGGUCAAGGRGCUGGCGAGGGGCCUCAAGGGGGAGGGACCCCCCCCUUUUGAAGAGCGCGGGCGCGUGCCUGAAGGCCUCGCCGGAAGGAGCGAUCCCCACGGAAGCGGAUUCCGGCCGCGGAAGCGCCCGGCCCAUAUCAAGAGGAGGCACAGGGCGGUCCUCGAGGCGAUGGAGGCCUCCCAGGCACCCGUCGUCGAACCCCUCUUUGUGGGGCCGUCCGGGGGCCGCCUCGGAAGCGCGGGGGAACGCGCACAAACAAACACAAACGCAAAGACACACACCAACGCAAACACACACGCAAACUCAAGCGCAACCGCACACGCGGGUGCACCGCACGCGGGAGAAGGCACCCCUUCCUCCAUGCCGGUGGCAGCGGCCUACAACCUCCCCGAUCCGCACGAUCCCUCCCUGAAAUCGACCCGGCACCCCCUGACCCGGAGGGAGUACCUGGAGGACAAGAAGUGGCCGCAGAUCGACUGGCUGGUCCGCCGGCUGAAACCGGUGGUGGAGGCCCUGCGGGAGCAGCAGCGCUCGACACGGGGACCCACCACGGCGGGCAGGAAAAGCGGAAAAAAAUGGCUGGAGGUCCUGGACGUCGGGGGGGGCCGGGGGGACAUUGCCGUGGCGGUAGCCGAGGCCUUUCCCGAAACGAGGGUCACGGUGGUCGACACGAACGCGUCGUCCCUGGAGGGGGGCAGGGCCUACUACGAGUCCCGGAAGCGCUGGUGGGCGGGAGCGGGGGGAAGCMGCGAGGACGAACACAAGGACCACUCGAACCAAACCAACAACAACAGCAACAACAACAACAACAGCAACGGCGACGACGACGACGACCGCGUCCGCUUUGUCUGCGACGACUUUGCGGAAUACUGCCGCAGGGGCGAUUCCCCUCCCUCCUUCGACGUGGUGAUCGCCUGGCACGCCUGCGGGGACCUCUCGGACUACGCCCUGGAGUUUUCCGUCGGCAAGAACCUCCGAAGCAACAACAACAACAACAACAACAACGGCGUGUUUGGUGCCGUCGGGGCCUUUGUGAUCUGCCCGUGCUGCUAUACCAAGCGGUACAUCAAGGGAUUCACUCCCUCCUGGAUCGACGACUAUUGCUGCGUGCCGGUCACGGAGGGAACGGGUCUCCUCCGAAAGAUGCCAAGGAAGCACAGCGGGGCAAGCGCCGCCGCCGGAGCAAAAAGAAUCCCGCAAGACGGCAACGAAAACGGCAACGAAAACGAAAACAAAGACGAGGAAAAGAAAGACGGGGAGGAACCCACUCGGGGUUCCAAAGGCUCUCCGCCGAUCGUCGACAAGACCACCACCACGGUGCCGCCCUUGGACGAACCGACGCAACAACAACAACAACAACAACAACAACGGGAGCAGGACGUCGCCACGGUCCAGCGCCUGGCCGAGAUCAACGAACGGCCCGAAAUCACGCACCGGGCCAUGACGGUCAUCAACAACAUGCGGAUGCGGUCCCUCCUGGCCCACUCCCUUUCCAACAACGAGGGCAGUGGGGUUGGUGGUGGUGGUGGUGGUGGGUUUGAUAUCUCCCUGGAAGAAUACGACAGCGCCCACUCGUCGAAAAACCUCGUCCUGGUCGGGGUCCGGAAACCAAGCGAACCGAUCGAAGCAUAGCAUAGCGCAGCGCAGCGCAGCGCAACAGAAACCAAAGCCGUUGCAAAAAGAGAAAAAAAGCUGCGCUCCUUUUCACGGGAAUCUUCGCAAGAGCUCGUGGUUGGGUUUCGGUUUUUCGCAUUCUCCAUCUCGAUACAACAGUAGUGUAGAAAAAGAAUAGAAUGGUUUCUGUAGC